CCGUCCCCGUCCCUGUCCCCGUCGCCUUUCCCGGCCCCGCCCCGGCCCCGCCCGCUGCUCUCGGCAUGGCGGCGGCGGGCGGCGGCGGCCGGAGCUGCUUCGUGCUGGGCGGCUCGGGGGAGACGGGCCGGGCGCUGCUGAGGGAGCUGCUGGCCCAGCGCGCCUUCGGCCGCGUCACGCUCAUCGGGCGGCGCCGGCUGAGCCUGGGCGAGGCGGAGGCGGCCGUGGAGCAGGCGGUGGUGGACUUCGAGCGGCUGGGCGAGCACGCUGCCGCCUUCCAGGGACACGACGUGGGCUUCUGCUGCCUGGGCACCACCAGGGCCAAGGCUGGUGUGGACGGCUUUGUCCGUGUGGAUCGGGAUUAUGUGGCACAGGCAGCAGAGCUGGCACGGGCAGGGGGCUGCAAACACUUUGUCCUGCAGUCCUCCCGGGGAGCCAACGCACAGAGCCACUUCCUCUACCUCCGUGUGAAGGGAGAAGUGGAAAACCUGGUCCAGGCUGUUGGUUUUGAUCGCUGUACCAUUCUCCGGCCAGCGGUGCUGCUGUGCAAGCGCCAGGAGUCCCGGCCCAUGGAGUGGAUAGCCCAGCAGUUCCUGGGCGCCGUGGCUCGGGUGUUCCCCGCCGCUUACUCAGUGCCCGUGGAAACGGUGGCCAGGGCUAUGGUGGCCUGCGUGCUGCAGCCAGGCGAGGGGAAGGUGAAGGUGCUGGAGAACAGGGCCAUCCAUGAGCUGGGGAAGGCAGUGCCACAGCAGGGCACGUAGAGCAGAGGGGAUGGCAGGCAGGAGCCUGGGUCACCCUUCAGUGCUCUUGGGGCUGAGGCUGGACGCACACAUGGGAGAGGUGUGGGGUGCUGGCAUGGCUGGCGUGGAGCCAGAGCUGCAUCCACUGCUUUGCACAGUGGCUGAUUCUGUCAGGGGAUCAAAAGUGCAGGUGCUGGCUGCUGGGUGAGGAUAAACAAUGCUCUGCUGCCUGGAUCCGCGACACAAAUGCAGGUAAAGAUGAUGUAAUCCAGGCCUUGAAUAAAAUUCUGUGACUGA